GCUUUACAUAACCGGUCCCGGUCGGUCUGUUGCAACGCUGCGGACGUCUGUCUCGCUGUCUUUUCCUGUCUCGUUCGUGUCUUGAUUCGAUCCCAAGCGUCCACCAAGGGGGAGAACGCGUCUUCCUCUCUCCGCCUAAGACGCACGCACACAGCCGCGUGGAACAAUUCGGUUCCACAAAAAAGGGUCCCGAACUGUCUGUACCGUACCCUGGGUGUAGUCUGUCUCGCCGUCUGCUCUCUAAGGGGGACCUUCUGCCAACCGUGAUCAGUCUUUGUUGUGCGCUCGCUCCGAACGGAGUAUACCGGGGAUUGGAACAAAGCAAGCAACCGUUGGUGUGGCCAGCUAGGAUCUCGUGCAAAAGAGGAUGGUGCUGCUGCGUGUGACCGUUACGUGCGGUGUGCUAGCGUUGGCGAUGGCCGUCGGGCAGGCCGCGAACCCGACCACUGACGCAUUCACGCGCAACGAAAUCGUGCCCGAUCUGAUCGACGUCGCGCCGGAGCAAACGAUCAAGAUCACGUACCCCGAGUCGGACGUGGAGGUUUCGCUCGGGAAUCAGCUCACCCCCACGCAGGUACGGUCGCGGCCGAAGCUCUGCUGGGACGCGGCACCGAACGCACUCUACACACUGCUGAUGGCCGAUCCGGAUGCACCGUCGCGCAGCAAUCCCGAGAUGCGCAGCUGGAAACACUGGCUGGUCGGUAACAUUCCCGGUGCGGAUGUCGACGCUGGGGAGGUGCUGGCGGAUUACGUCGGUUCUGGACCACCGCAAGGUACCGGGCUGCACCGGUACGUGUUUCUGGUGUACAAGCAGGAGGACCGGGUGACGUUCAACGAGACGGUGCUCAGUAGCAGGAACCCGAACCGUGGCAAAUGGAAUCCGGCCCUGUUCGUAAACCAGUACAAGCUGGGCGAUCCGGUUGCCGGCAACUUCUACCAGGCCCAGUACGAUGACUACGUCCCGGAGCUGUACGCCACCUUUACGGACACUUCCUGAACGAGGCAGGAUCUUGUUCAGCGUUCGUAAUCCUUCCCAACUCCUAUCCCAGUCCUUCCGCUUCCUUCUCCGCCGCUCCCCGUGAUAUUCCCCCACACACGCACACUCGCACCCCUCCCACACACACACACAACUUGUUUUGGUUCCAUCCACUGCACAAAAUCACCGUGUUACAAUAAAACAUAAAAAAAGAAUUGUGAGAAAAAAAAGAAGCUCCGAAUAA